AUGAGUGCCCCGAGACGUGUAGUCAAACUUGUGCAGUUUUCUGGUUCCUACUUAAAUGGGACGUGGACACGGAAGUUUAUUCUCGGCUCGUUAUUGCAGCGCUACAGUCCCACGCCAGAAGCCGGUGGUACGACACCUUCUCCGUCUCUUCCCAAGAUGACCCGCGAGAGUGUUGCGUUGGAUAAGGAACUGCUUAGGCUACAACGCAUGCUUGGGGAAGUGUGGUCGCUUCCGGUGCGGCCUCUUGAUGCAUUGAGCGAGGCGCGUAUUUUUCGACUUCUCGCGCGGUACGCGGCUGGUGAAGGCGUUCUCUCCCUGGAGGCGUUGAGUGAACUGAAUCGAGUUCUUGCCUGCAUUCACGGCGCCCCACAGAGCGUUGAGGAUCCGCAGCAGAUGGAGUGUCUCCUUCAGGUGCUGCAGUACGUCGAACCGGGCGAUAACUUGCGACGCGUGGCAUUUUCUGGGGAACUGCAUUACCCACCGAGUGCGCUGUCGCAUAUGCAGCCAUACUUGACGGAGGAGCUCCAGCAGGACGGUGGUGAUCCGUUUGACUCUAUUCGGCAAUAUGUGGAUGGACCCGCAUAUGCCAUUGACUCUGCUACAACAUCGGAAGUGGACGACGCGAUUGGGGUGCACACGGAUCCAAGCACAGGGGAGGAGUACUUUGUCGUGUACGUGUCAGAUGCUACAGUGUAUUGCCCGUUCGACAGUCCGCUGGAACAGCUCACUGCGCGGCUUCUCACAACAACGACUUACCUGCCAGAAGGUGUCUUUUUUAUGCUACCAAAGCCGAUCGUGGAGGCGGCGACACUACGCGAGGAUCGGCCUUGUCGGACGUUUAACAUUCGUUUUCAGAUUGACGAGGUGACGGGAGAACUGAAGAACUACAGCAUUAGUGUUGGAUGGCUGAGGAAGCUACGCCGCAUCACAUACGAUGAGGUCCAGGUAUUGUAUGAUGCUAAGGAAGAAGGAACAGAAGAAGUUGCACGCCCGUCUUGGAUGGAGGCGGAAGACGUCCGCGCCCUGCACCGUAUCCACCUCGCAGCACGAAAACGGCUUGAGGAGCGUCGAGCACGUUCUCUUGAGCACUUUAUCGACGCAAACCUCCCGGAACCUCACAUCAAGGUUGAGGCAACACGUGUGUUAUCUGUAGAGGACCAAGUUGUUGCCACAAAAGAUGCUCGCUUAGCUGUCGCGGAGAUGAUGAUCGCCGCGAAUGAGGUUUGUUCUCGUGUAGCUCAGGCGAACCAUCUGCCUAUCCCAUACCGCGGCACACGGGAGCUUUCAAUGGAUCAUGAGGCAGCGCGUUCGUAUAGUGAGCCGCAGGGUGUCACUGAAGUGGCAUCCUUGGACCCACAGUACGUUUAUUUUGCCGAGGCGAUACAGCACGCAAUUCGGCAGCUGAGCGCCGUCACAAGGGCAGUUUACUUUCACACACCUAUCUACCAUGCAGGGCUUAACACGUAUAACUACACCCAUAGCACAAGUCCUUUGCGGCGGUAUGCGGACAUGUUGGUGCACCAUCAGUUAAAGAUGUGGUUGUGGCGCACCUCCGCACAGAGCAGGGGCCGUGCAGCGCCGACCUCUUCGCAGAAAAGGGCGGUAGUGGCGAUGAUUGAGCAGCCCAUUGCAGAAUACACCAUGGCCACUUUGUGUUCAAUGAUAAGCAACAAGCAGGAGCAGUCCAGGAUUUUACAGGAUAACAGCCAACGCUACUGGGUAUUGAGACAUAUUGAGCAGAACAUCCUCAAAAAGAAUCGUCAGUAUCGCUUUAUCUGUCUGGUUGGCGACACACGUGGCGUGGAAAGUGCGCCGGAGUACACACGUUUUAUGGAUUCCUCGCAUUGGGAUCAAAUCCGAGAGGAUAAAGAAUUUGGUGAUUAUGCGACCUCUUCGAAUUUGCAAAGUGUAAAACGAACAGUGCCAUUUAUUGGUCGGUGGCAGCAACGGCGCUGUGAAUACCGUUAUGUGUCCGAUAUCUACAUUCCCGAACUGCAGUUUGCACACGUAGUGCUCCACAGUCUGCCAAACGUGGUGAUAGGGGCGGUGGUGGAGUGUGAAGUGCUCACCGUACAUCCCACACAGGGACAGCUCACACUGAAGGUUGUAAACGUGUGGUCUGGUGGGGAUGAGCGUCGGUUUGAGUCGAUGUGGAAAAAGGCACUGCUUCCGUCGCUCGACUCGUGA